GCGACGCGAAGCCGCGCGGCUCAGUCGGAGUUGGCGGCUUCACGCGGCAACAGCAACAGCGGCAGCGGCAGCAGCAGCGGCGGCCUCUUGUCUCUGUGUGUGUCUCUCUCGUUCUCAUCGUCUCCGCCGCAACGACUACAGAUUGGGAUGUCCCAGCGUGACGCUGUCACCAUGAAGGCCUCAGUGGAGCAGGGCGGCCCGGCGAGGCUCGGCUACCGCGUUCGCUAUAGCAGCUCGGGUCACGUCGCCGUUCCGGACGGCAUGGAGGUGGCCGGCCGUGCAGAAGGCCUCCCUCUCGACCCUUCGGUCCACUCGCACAUGGGCAUGCUGGGCGAGUCGGGCCAGCGACACCGCCGGAAGUACCAGGCCGGCAUUCAUCUUCUCAAGCCCUUCCGCACCACCUCUAAACACACACACCCCGUGGACAACGCGGGCCUCUUCUCCUUCAUGACGUUUAACUGGCUGUCGCCACUCGCGUGGAAAGCCUUCAAGAAAGGCGAACUCAAGAUGGACCACGUGUGGCCGGUCUCCAAGCACGAGGGUUCGGCCGUCAACGCACGCAGGUUGGAGCGUCUUUGGCAACAGGAGCUGAAGGAGUGCGGGCGGGAGGGCGCCUCGCUGUCGCGCGUCAUGUGGAGGUUCUGCCGAACCCGCCUCGUCAUCUCCAUCCUCUGCCUGAUGAUCACCAUGCUCGCUGGAUUUUGUGGCCCCGCGUUUGUGGUGCGCCGGCUGCUGGAGUACACUCAGCAGGAGGCCGCCGACCUCACCUACGGCCUCAUGCUCGUGGCCGCCAUCUUCCUGUCGGAGCUGAUACGCUCGUGGUCGCUGGCGCUAACGUGGGCGCUCAACUACCGCACGGGCUCGAGGCUGCGCGGCGCCACGCUGUCGCUCGCUUACGAGAAGGUGCUCAAGCUGCGGAGCCUGCGCGACAAGACGCAGGGGGAGCUGAUGAACAUCUGCUCGACGGACGGACACCGCGUGUACGAGGCGGCGGCCGUGGGCAGCCUCCUUGCGGGGGGCCCGCUGGUGGCGCUGCUUGGCAUGGUCUACACGCUCUUCAUCCUCGGACCCACCGCCCUCUUCGGCUCGGCCGUCUUCAUCCUCUUCUACCCCGGCAUGAUGUUCGUGUCCCGCCUCACGGCGUACUUCCGCAAGAAGUGCCUCGACGUGACGGACCGGCGCGUCCGUCUUAUGAACGAGGUCCUCAAUUGCAUCAAGUUCAUCAAGAUGUACGCGUGGGAGAAGCCCUUUUCUCACAACAUCUUGGCGGUGCGUGCAGAGGAGCGGCGCAUCAUGGAACGCGCGGGCUACGUGCAGAGCAUCACGGUGGGCGUCGCGCCCAUCGUGGUCGUCAUAGCCAGCGUCGUCACCUUCUCCAUGCACAUGGUGCUGGGAUACGACCUGGAGGCCUCGCAGGCUUUCACUGUGGUGACGGUGUUUAAUGCCAUGACCUUUGCCCUCAAAGUGACUCCGUUUUCAGUGAAGGCUCUCUCCGAGGCCUCUGUUGCGGUUGACCGCUUCCAGAGCCUGCUGCUCAUGGAGGAUCUGCACGUAGCGCGAGCCAAGCCCAGCCGCCCCGGUCUCGCGCUGGAGCUGAAGAACGCCACGCUGGCCUGGGAGACGCUGACGGGCAGCACCCAGGCAUCGCCGCGCGCUCGCUCGCCCGUGCCUAAGGGGCGAGUGAAGGCCAAGGAUGCCUCCCGUCGGGGCGCCGCCAAGAAGGUGGUGGCCGAGCGGCCGCCCCCAGCCGGGCCGCUCACCGAGCAGAUCGGCCACCUCCUCGUGGACAGCCCCGACGAGGAGGACGAGACGCGAAGCAUCUUCCGCAAGUCGCGGCUCCUCAAGGUGCUCCACAACAUGGACCUCGCGGUGGAGAAGGGCAAGCUGCUGGGUAUCUGUGGUUGCGUGGGCAGUGGAAAGACGUCCCUCAUCUCUGCCGUCAUGGGGCAGAUGACCCUGCUGGAGGGCAGCGUGGCGGUAAGCGGGACCCUGGCGUACGUGGCACAGCAGGCCUGGAUCCUCAACACCACCGUUCGCGACAACAUCCUCUUCGGCAAGGUCUACAACGAGGAGAGGUACAACAUGGUGCUGGAGGCUUGCUGCUUGCGCAUCGACCUGGCCAUGCUGCCGUACGGAGACAUGACAGAGAUCGGAGAGCGAGGAGCGAAUUUGAGCGGCGGGCAGCGCCAGCGCAUCAGCCUGGCGCGGGCGCUGUACAGCGACCGCAGCAUCUACCUCCUGGACGACCCGCUGAGCGCCGUCGACAACCACGUGGGGGCGCACCUCUUCACGCACGCCAUCCGCACCGGCAUGCGCGGCAAGACGGUGAUGUUCGUCACGCACCAGCUGCAGUACCUGGCGGAGUGCGACGUGGUGCUGUUCAUGCGCGACGGCUGCAUGGCGGAGUGGGGCACGCACGCCGAGCUCAUGAACAACAGCGGAGACUACGCGGCGCUCUUCCACUCGGCAAACGAGGGCUCCCACUACAAGCUCGACGAGAAGCAGAGCGCGCGGCAGUCGGUGAAGAAGCCGGCCGAGAAGAAGAAGCUGAAGAACAAGCAGCUGGUGGCCAUGGCCACGGAGGAGGACGACGCCCCGGCCGUCAGCAAGGAGGAGAAGGAGGUGGAAGAGGAGGAGGAAGAGGGGCAGCUGAUGACGGCCGAGGAGAAGGGCCACGGCUCUGUGCCGUGGUCGGUGUACGCGGUGUACAUCGGCGCCGCCGGGGGGCCCUGCGCCUUCAUCGCCAUCCUCUCGCUCUUCAUUUUCACCGUGGGAAGCACGGCCUUCAGCAACUGGUGGCUCAGCUACUGGAUCAAGCAGGGCAGCGGGAACUGGUCGACGUGGAGCGCCAACGACACGCUGCUGAGCGGCAUGGGAAGCAUGAAGGACAACCGCGACAUGCACUUCUACGCCGGCGUGUACGCGCUCUCCAUGGUGGCCAUGCUGUUCCUGAAGGCUGUGCGCGGGAUCGCCUUUGUGAAGGGCACGCUGCGCGCCUCGUCACGCCUCCACGACUCGCUCUUCCUGAAGGUGCUGCGCAGCUCCAUGACGGUGUUCGACACCACGCCGACCGGGCGCCUGCUCAACCGCUUCUCCCGCGACAUGGACGAGGUGGACGUGCGCAUGCCCUUUCAAGCGGAGCUCUUCAUCCAGAACGUCAUCCUGGUGCUCUUCUGCCUGGGCGUCAUCGCCGCCGUCUUUCCCUGGUUCCUCCUCGCCGUGAUCCCGCUCUGCGUCCUCUUCCUCAUCAUCAAUAAGAUCUCGCGGGUGUUCAUCCGCGAGCUCAAGCGUCUGGACAACAUCAGCCACUCGCCGUUCAUGUCGCACGUGGCCGCGAGCCUGCAGGGCCUGCCCACGAUCCACGCCUACAGCAAGUCCGACGAGUUCCUGCACAGGUACCAGGAGCUGCUGGACACGAACCAGGCGUGCCUCUUCCUGUUCAGCUGCGCGGUGCGCUGGCUGGCGGUGAGGCUCGACAUCAUCAGUGUCGCGCUCAUCACCACCACGGCGCUCAUGAUGGUGCUCAUGCACGGGCAGAUCCCCGCCGCCUACGCGGGGCUCGCCAUCUCCUACGCCAUACAGCUGACGGGAACGUUCCAGUUCACGAUCCGCCUGGCGUCCGAGACGGAGGCUCGCUUCACUUCGGUGGAAAGAAUCCAACACUACAUCGAGGCUCUGGAGGAGGAGGCCCCAGACCACGUCCCCGAGAAGCCCCUGGCCGCCGAGUGGCCGCAGCACGGCUCGGUCUCCUUCCAGGACGUGGAGAUGCGCUACCGCGAGGGCCUGCCGCUCGUGCUCAAGCGCGUCACCGCCAACAUCAAACCGCGAGAGAACGUCGGCAUCGUGGGGCGCACGGGCUCCGGCAAGUCGUCGCUGGGCGUGUGUCUCUUCCGCCUCGUGGAGCUUUGCGGCGGCUCCAUCUCCAUCGACGGCGUUCCCAUCGGCGACAUCGGCCUCGGCGACCUCCGCUCCCGCCUCUCCAUCAUCCCCCAGGAGCCCGUGCUCUUCAUCGGGACCAUUCGCACAAACCUGGACCCCCUGGGGCAGUACACGGACGAGCAGAUCUGGGAGGCCCUGGAACGCACGCACAUGAAGGACAACAUAGGACAACUCCCGCAGAAACUCGAGACGGAGGUGAUGGAGAACGGAGAGAACUUCUCGGUGGGCGAGCGGCAGCUCAUGUGCGUCGCACGCGCCAUCCUGCGACAUAGCAAGAUUCUACUGCUGGAUGAGGCCACGGCGGCAAUCGACACGGAGACCGACACGCUGAUCCAGGAGACGAUCCGUCGCGCGUUCGGGGACUGCACGAUGCUCACCAUCGCCCACCGACUCAACACCGUGCUGUCCUGCGACCGCAUCAUGGUCAUGGACCAGGGACAGGCACUGGAGUUCGACUCGCCGUCCACGCUGCUGGAAAACCGAGCGUCGCGCUUCGCGGCCAUGAUGGUGGCGGGGGAGGGUCAGGUGACGCGCUCCCUGGGGAGCGGGUGAGGCCCUCCUAGGACCCCGUCCCCCGGGGCCCCCCACCUCAAGGGUGUCCACCCGCCCCCCCUACGGGGCAGCGGCAGCAGCAGCAGGCGCGUGCCACGGAGGCACCGAGGACCAGCUGCACCACGGCCGCUCACGAGCACAGCCGCUCCUGCCCGGCUUUGUCACAAGGCAGCCGCCCCCCUCCCCCCCAACCCCCUCCACUCCGCACCGCCCAAGCUGCUGGGGGGCUGCCCGUGGAACGCUUGGCGGUGCCGCUUGCCGUCUCCACGUAGUCGUUCUGUUAGCCGUGUGUCCGGACGCAAAAAAAGUAUGAAGAUGAUGCUGUUGUGAAAAUACUACUACUACUAUCGCUUGUAGGUUCCGCGCAAAACGACCGUGCAGAAGGGUGUUUUUUUUUUUUUACACACACACAAAAAAACCUCUGCGUUGCCUUUCAGCGGUCAGCAGGUACCGGACGCUCGUGUGAGCGCCCGCACACUUCCAGUACGAGUGCCGCGCAGCGGUGCCGUUUGGCGUAUUUAACGACCCGUCGCGCAAGCGUGCGCGCGUGCUUCAGCGUUGCAGCGCGUGUCGGAUCACUGUCUCCUGAGCUGCGAGCGUCGCGGUCCCUGUGCCCUGCAGUGCAGAGGCACGUGCGGCCAGACGAGAGAAGUCUGCAAUAGUCCGCCGCAGCUUGACACUUACUACAAACUGACGUAAUAAAUAUACGCGUACGACGGUGCUUUGUUCGAAGGCCUCUGGGACUCUGUGUGAUCCGUAGAGCCGUGUUAGAUGUUACUCGUAGCCUAGCUUUCCCCCCCCCCCCCCACCACGAGGGGAUGGGGGGGGGCGGCCCCCGGAGCCUUGGGGCCGCUGGGAGGGGUUGCGUCGUCGGGAUCGAUUGCACGUCGCCUCGGUCGCUGGGCCGGCCUCUCUCUGCACUUUUUUUUUUCUUCCAAUAAAUAAGAUAUUUUCUGCCUCGAUUCAA